GGAAGAUCACGUUUCUGGAGCUGGCACCAGGUGCCCCCUGGGCUACUUUCCAUGUGGCAAUAUCACAAAGUGUUUGCCCCAGCAGCUGCACUGCAAUGGUGAGGAUGACUGCGGCAAUCGGGCUGACGAAGACAACUGUGAGGACAACAACGGAUGGUCUCUGCAAUUUGAUAAACACUAUACAAAGGACAAAUACAAUAAACUGAAAUCUCUGUAUGCAUUUCAGACAAAGACACCUGAGUGCUUGGCUGGUGAUGUGCCAGCAGAGUGUACCUGCCAAGGCCUGGAGGUUUUCUGUGAUGCUGCCAAACUACGUGCUGUCCCAUCAGUCUCUUCAAACAUAACCAUAAUGUCUCUUCAGAGGAAUCUGCUAAGGAAACUUUCUGCUGAUGUUUUCAAGAAAUACCAAGAUCUUAAAAAUCUGUAUCUUCAGAAUAAUAAAAUCAGAGUCAUAUCUGAACGUGCUUUCAAAGGUUUAUACAACUUGACAAAACUAUACCUGAGCAACAACAAGAUAACAAAUUUGGAGCCUUUUGUCUUUGCAGACCUUCACAGGCUUGAAUGGCUGAUAAUUGAAAACAACAGGAUAAAUCGGAUCUAUCCAUUAACAUUCUAUGGACUCAAAUCCCUCAUUCUUCUAGAGAUGAUGAAUAAUUCUCUUGCUCGUUUACCUGAUAAACCUCUGUGCCAAUACAUGCCAAGAUUAAACUGGCUAGACCUUGAAGGCAACCAUAUCCAUCAUGUGAAAAAUGCCACUUUCAUGUCCUGCAGCACUCUAACUGUACUGGUGAUGAGACGAAAUAAAAUCAGCUCCAUAAAUGAAAACAGCUUUUCUUCUCUCCAGAUGUUAGAUGAAUUAGAUUUGGCUAGCAACAAGAUUGAAUCACUUCCUCCAUAUAUAUUUAAGGAACUAAAGGAGCUUUCACAACUGAACCUUUCUUACAACCCCAUCAAGAAAAUACAAAUAGACCAGUUUGAUUUUCUAAUUAAACUCAAAUCCCUCUUGGAGGGCAUUGAAAUUGCAAACAUCCAGAGGAGAAUGUUCAGUCCCCUGAGAAACCUUUCCCACAUAUAUUUUAAGAAAUUCCAGUACUGUGGGUAUGCUCCUCACGUGCGCAGCUGCAAACCCAACACUGAUGGGAUCUCCUCCCUCGAGAAUCUUUUAGCUAGCAUCAUACAGAGAGUGUUUGUCUGGGUUGUAUCUGCCAUUACCUGCUUCGGAAACAUUUUUGUUAUCUGCAUGAGGCCUUACAUCAGAUCGGAGAACAAGCUGCAUGCCAUCUCCAUAAUGUCUCUCUGCUGUGCUGACUGUCUGAUGGGAAUAUAUUUAUUUGUGAUUGGAGCUUUUGAUCUUAAAUAUCGUGGAGAAUACAACAAGCACGCUCAGUUGUGGAUGGACAGUGUUCACUGUCAGUUGGUUGGAUCGCUGGCUAUUCUGUCUACAGAGGUGUCAGUCUUACUGUUGACUUAUCUGACUUUGGAAAAAUACAUCUGCAUAGUUUAUCCUUUUAGGUGUUUGAAGCCCAGAAAAGGCAGGACAAUUUCCAUUUUGGUUCUUAUCUGGAUAAUUGGGUUUGCUGUUGCUUUUAUCCCACUGAGCAAUAAGGAAUUUUUCAGGAACUACUAUGGCACCAAUGGCGUCUGUUUUCCUCUUCACUCAGAACAAUCAGAAAGUUCAGGAAGUCAGAUUUAUUCUGUUGUGAUUUUCUUAGGUGUAAACUUGGCAGCUUUUGUCAUCAUUGUGUUUUCCUAUGGGAGUAUGUUCUACAGUGUUCACCAGACAGCUAUUAUGGCUACUGAAAUUCGGAAUCAUAUUAAAAAAGAGAUGAUCCUUGCUAAACGUUUUUUCUUCAUUGUAUUUACUGAUGCACUAUGUUGGAUACCUAUUUUUAUUUUGAAACUCCUUUCUUUACUUCGAGUAGAAAUACCAGGUACCAUAACUUCUUGGGUGGUGAUUUUUAUACUGCCAAUAAAUAGUGCUUUGAAUCCUCUUCUCUACACUUUGACUACACGACCUUUCAAAGAAAUGAUUCAUCAGGUUUGGUACAACUACAGACAGAGAAGAUCCAAAAGAGGUAAAAGCAGCCAGAAACCAUACGGUCCAUCAUUCAUUUGGGUAGAGAUGUGGCCAAUGCACGAAAUCACGCCAAAGGUUACGAAGCCUGUGCUUUGUACAGACUCUUCUGAUGCUUCAGUGACUACACAGUCAACAAGACUAAAUUCAUACACGUAA